AUGUUAUCAAAAAAUCGUGCUAUUUUAUCGAAAGUAAAAGCCCGAAAUCGGCACACUUACAGAUUUUUCUCAUCUCAGACUAAUGUAGGUGAAGUUGAUGUGCCUUUUUCUAACGGAAUUUCUUUAAAGCUAUCAACUGGCAAAUAUGCAAGGUUUGCUGAUGGUGCAUGUGUGGCCACUUUUGGCAACACAAGUGUUCUGUCAACAGUUGUGUCCAAAGCUAAACAGAGCUCCAGUUCAUUUCUACCAUUAGUUGUAGAUUACAGGCAAAAGGCCGCAGCUGCUGGAAGAAUACCCACAAAUUUUCUCAGGAGAGAAUUAGGUCCAACAGAAAGAGAGAUUUUGACCUCACGUCUCAUAGACAGGUCACUGCGUCCUUUAUUCCCCCAGAACUACAACUUUGAUACACAAAUUGUUUGUAAUAUGUUAGCAGUGGAUGGAAUUAACCCUCCUGAGACAGUGGCCAUUAAUGCUGCAAGUGCGGCUUUAGCUUUAUCUGAUGUUCCUUGGAAAGGACCUGUGGGGGCUGUAAGGCUCGGACAAAUUGACAAUGAGUUAAUAGUAAACCCAACCCGUAGAGAUUUGGAAAAAUCCUCACUUAACCUAAUAGUAGCGGCUACAACUGGUAACCUUGUUGUGAUGAUGGAAGGUCAUGCGGACAUCAUCCUGCAACAGGAUCUUCUAAAAGCCAUCAAACUAGGUACAAAAGAAGCCCAACAUGUAGUGAAAAGUAUAGAAAAAUUACAAAAAACACAUGGAAAAGUUAAACGAGAGUAUGAAAUUCAGGAGCCAUUAGAUGGAAACAUUGUAGAUUCUAUUAAAACAUUAUCUUCUAUGAAGAUAAGGGAAAUUUUAAGUGACUAUACCCACGACAAAACUUCCCGUGACGUAGCUAUAUCAGAACUUAGACAAACAGUUCUCAACCAACUGAGGGACACCGAAGUGGAUGUCACGAUAGUACAAGAUUGCUUCAAUGCUAAUCUGCGGCAAAUAUUUAGGGACAUGAUCUUUGAAACUGAUGUUAGAUGCGAUGGGAGAGGGUUGGAUGAUUUGAGGAAGAUUAGUUGUGAGGUUGGUCUAUACGAGCCGUUACAUGGCAGUGCCGUAUUCCAACGCGGUCAGACACAAGUCCUAUGUACAGUUGCAUUUGAUUCUCCUGAAAGUGUUCUCAAGAUGGACACUCUUACAAUGAUCACUAGCGGUAUAAAAUCAAAAAACUUCUUCCUCCACUACGAGUUCCCGUCGUACGCGACGGGCGAGACGGGGCGCGGCGCGGCGCGGCGCGAGGCGGGCCACGGCGCGCUUGCCGAGCGCGGACUCGAACCCGUGCUCCCCGCGCAGGAUGCGCUGCAGUGCGCCACCCGGCUCACUGCUGAGGUGCUGGAGAGCAAUGGGUCUAGUUCAAUGGCAUCAGUGUGCGGGGGCUCCCUGGCGCUGUACGACGCGGGCGUGCCGCUGCUGGCGCCGGCCGCCGGCGUGGCCGUGGGCCUCGUGUCCCGCACCGACGACAGCGGGCACAUCGACGACUAUAGAAUACUUACAGAUUUGUUAGGUAUAGAAGACUAUAUGGGCGACAUGGACUUCAAAAUAGCAGGCACAAAGAAAGGCAUAACUGCCUUACAAGUGGAUGUAAAGUUACCGGGACUUCCACUAAAGAUAGUGAUGGAAUCGGUACAAAAGGCCACCGAUGCUAAGAGCAAGAUAAUCGAUAUUAUGAACCAAUGUAUCGAUAAACCUAGACAAGGACGUAAAGAAAAUAUGCCAGUGAUAGAAGAAAUGGAAGUGGAAGUGCACAAGCGAGCCAAGUUACUUGGUGUUGGCGGCUCGAAUCUCAAAAGAUUAUAUUUAGAAACGGGUGUACAGAUAAGUCCAAUAGACGAGACGAGAUACAGCGUGUUCGCGCCCUCGCAGCCCGCCAUGGAGGAGGCGCGCGCGCGCGUCGCCGCCGCGCUCGCCUCCGACCGCACGCCGGAACUGGAAUUUGGCGCUAUUUAUACUGCUAAGGUGGUAGAAGUGAAAGAUAUAGGUGUGUUGGUGACCCUAUACUCGGGAAUGUCGCCCGCGCUUGUCCACAACACACAGCUGGACCAUAGAAAGAUCAUGCAUCCGUCUGCGUUGGGACUGGACGUUGGUUCGGAAAUACAAGUUAAAUACUUUGGUAGGGACCCAGUUUCUGGGCAAAUAAGGCUGUCUCGCAAAGUUCUGACGUCACCGCCGCCAGGCAUCGUCAGGAAACUAGAUAAAAGC